AUGAAUUGUCAUUUAGAAAAGCCAAUUCGCAGCUUUUUGUCUUCCUUCUUGAGAUAUUUUCCGCCACAACAUUUCUUUGUUUUCUUUUUGGAACAGGCUAAUCAGUCUUUACUUUCCAACCUUUUCAACCUUCAUUUCUCUUUCCCUUCAUUUUACUUCAUUUCUCUUUUCCCUUGUUUUCCUUCAUUUCUCUUUCCCUUUGUUUUCCUUCAUUUCUCUUUUCCCUUGUUUUCCUUCAUUUCUCUUUCCCUUUGUUUUCCUUCAUUUCUCUUUCCCUUUGUUUUCCUUCAUUUCUCUUUCCCCUUGUUUUCCUUCAUUUCUCUUUCCCCUUGUUUUCUUUCAUUCCCCAUCCCUUCAUUUUCUUUCACUUCUCUAUUCCUUCAUUUUCCUUCCUUUCUUUUUCCCAUCAUUCCUCUUUCCCAUCAUUUUCCUUCAAUUCUCUUUCCCUUUGUUUUCCUUCAUUUCUUUUUCCCUUUGUUUUCCUUCAUUUCCCAAUCACUUCAUUUUCUUUCAUUUCACUUUCCCUUUGUUUUCCUUCAUUUCUCUUUCCCUUCGUUUUCCUUCAUUUCCUCAUCCAUUCAUUUUCCUUCAUUUCGCCAUCCAUUCAUUUUAUUUCAUUUCUCUAUCCUUUCAUCUUCCUUCAUUUCUCCAUACAUUCAUUUUCUUUCAUUUCUCUAUCCCUUCAUUUUUCUUCCUUUCUUUUUUAUCUUCAUUUCUCUUUCCCUUUUUCUUUCAUUUCUUUUUUCCUUCAUUUUCUCUCAUUUCCCCUUUCUUUCAUUUCUCUAUCCCUUCCUUUUCCUUCCUUUCUUUUUCCCUCCAUUUCUCUCUCCCUUCAUUUUCCUGCAUUUCUCUUUACAUUUAUUUUUCUUCAAUUCUCUUUCCCCUUUUCUUUUUCCUUCCUUUCUUUUUCACUUCAUUUCUCUUUCCCUUCAUUUCUUUUUCCCUUCAUUUUCCUUCAUUUCCCGAUCCCUUCAUUUUCUUUCAUUUCACUUUCCCUUUGUUUUCCUUCAUUUCUCUGUCCCUUCAUUUUUUCCUUUCUUUUAUCUUCAUUCCUAUUUCCCUCCAUUUCCCUUCAAUUUCCUUUCCUUUUGUUUUCCUUCAUUUCUCUUUCUCCUUCAUUUCCUUUCAUUUACUCAUUCUUCAAUGUCCUUCAUUUCUUUAUCCCUUCAUUUUCUAUCCUUUCUUUUUCUUUUAAUUUCUCUUUGCCUUCAUUUUCUUUCAUUUCUCUUUCCCUUCAUUUCCCUUCAUUUCUCUAACCCUUCAUUUUCCUUCCUUUCUUUUUCUCUUCAUUUCUCUUUCCUUUCGUUUUCCUUCAUUUUUCUUUCCCUUCAUUUUCCUUCCUUUCUUUUUCCUUUCAUUUCUCUUUCCCUUCAUUUUCCUUCAUUUCUUUUUCCCUUUGUUUUUCUUUCAUUUCUCUUUCCUUUCACCUUUUAUUUUGUCGCUUUCUUUUGA